GCGCGAUGCAAUCGUACUUGCUAGCUGCUUGUCUUUGCUGAUCAGAUGCCCGUUCGAUAUCAAUACGCAGUAGUUUUGAAUCUGCCUACCUACAUAGGUAGUAACACUGAGUAUCCUCGCAAAAGUCCGACCUCUCUCCUCCCCGCUGUCCAAUGUCAUGGAAUCCGGAAUCCCCGAAUCAGGACAGCAUUGAAGCACGGCUUUCCCUUUUGCCGCUUUCCCCUCGGCCACAUCUCUCGUCCCCUGAACCCUUUCUCGUCUCUUCCUUCAAAACCUCUCCCUCGUGCUGAAUGGCUGGCUUGUGCUUGCUUGCUGCUGCUACUGCUACACGCCAGUGUUACCCUGUCCAGCUCCAUCCCCCGCCGCUGCCCUGUUCCCUGUGUCAUGCACUGCAUUUUGUCGUCCUCUGAUCCUCUGUCCCCUGGUCCCCCCGCUCCAUCCCAACCAUCCGUCCAUCUCCUUGCUCGUGUCUUCACCUCAUCUUGGGUCGUGUGACUUUCUCUCCAUGGGGAUCGGGUCUGUUUCGACUGCGCGACCACGCAACCAUGGGG